GAGAAUGGCCUAAUCACUGAAGACAAGGCGACCACUACGCUCGUUUCUCAGUGAAAAAUGACUGGAAGGAACCAGCACAAUGGUUUCCAGUUUGCAACGGCAGUGCAGCCAGCCACAGGUGCUUACAUGUCUGCUUUUGGGAACAACUCCGAGACUGAAUACUCAGAGGAGGAUGGAGAGGCAUUUGAACUGCGUUCCAGGGGAAGAGAUCGGCAUCACAGGAGCACAUCUAGAGAUCGCAAGGACGACAUCGUGUACUUGAUAAGGGAGAUUAAAGAGGGAGACACGCUUAUCAGUAUUUCUCUGCAAUAUUUCUGUACUGUUGCAGACAUUAAGCGGGCCAACAACCUUCUGACCGAGCAAGACUUCUUUGCGCUGCGCUCUCUAAGAAUCCCUGUGAGAAAAUUCAGCUCUUUCACAGAAACCCACAACACAGCUCCCCACAAGAGCAGCUCACCCAGUGGCACUUGCAGAAUCACAGAGACGCCAGUUUCGGGAGCUUCCUUGGACUCUACAUCCUCUUCCUCAUCUGCGGACAGCGUGGAGUGCUUCCUGCAAGAAAAGGACAAAGACAUUCAACAACUCGUCAAGUCUUCUGCCCCUUCCAGGAACAGCCUGAGUGAGGUGGUGUCUUCUCUGGAACAGCCUCUUUUGGGGGACGCCGAGCGCAGACCAGCCAUUAAGAAAGACCCGUACUAUGGGGCCGACUGGGGGAUGAGAUGGUGGACUGCAGUGGCCAUCAUGUUGGUCGUGGGCAUUGUUACGCCAGUUUUUUACCUGUUAUACUAUGAAGUUUUGAUGAAAGCAGAUGUUAGCCACCACACUACCAUAGACUCGAUCAGGCCUGGACCAACGCAGCCAGCCAUCGCUGAGCCUCUAGUUUUACCACAGGCCAAUGCUGCUCCUCACCAAGACUCUCACCUACUUCCUGUUAUUGAACAGCAGCAUCAUGUGAAGCACCAAGAGGAAACAUAAAGGUGCAUUUUGUAAAUUUAUAGAAGGUUUAAGCUGAAUAUUUUAAAUUGAACUCAAAUGGAUAAGUGGAUCAAGUAAUUCCAGUCCUAUUGGCAUUUUUUCCUAGAUGCAUUUUGCACAGUUUGAUGCUGGUUUUGUUGUGGGUGUCACUCACAGGCCAGUGUAUAGCUCUGUACCUCUCUUAAGCUCAUAGUUUGCCUCAACGGCAAGCGGGUGAUAUUUUCUGUAAACACUUUUGCUGCCAUUGUUUGUCAGGGAAAUAAACUGUAAUUUAUUUUAGGAAAUGUAGAAUCCAGAUUCAGUAUUUCGACUGAUGGUAAUAAAGUUGCUGGUUUUAAAUGUUAAACCUUACUUGUGAAAGAAAAACAAGCAAACGUAAUGGAACCAUAAUGGCUUCCUGGUUUUCGUCAUGGUAGAGCACAGGAAUGAUCUGUGAAAUAUUCCCACAUGUGCUCGGUUCAUUUUAAGUAGGAGAAAGAGAGAUGUGAACAUUUCUAUGAAACGUGGAGUACGGUGAUUGAUUUUUUUGGAAAAAAACAAAGUACGUGCCUUCAUCCUGUAGACUGUAGAGGCAGGUUGAAAAUAAAGAAACUAUAUUUUAGUAUC